AUGCCGCCUCCAAAGUCAGUCUUCACUUCGCAUGAGCGAAAUGCACUCAAAGAUCGAGAGUGCGCCAUGACAAACCUGCUAGCACAGCGAAAAGAGAUGAAGCGUCUGGAGAAAGUUAUAGAACGACAAAAGAUCGAAGAAGACGAUGAGCGGAUACGAGACGACGAGCAGGCCCGACUCCGAGCAAUUGAAGAGUUCGAAGCUGUACAGGCAGGUCUCGAAGCCAAAGUCGGCACCGGAUCAAGAGUUGUAGGCAGGCAAAACGGCAAGAUCGUCGUCGAGCAAGACAACGAUCCAAAGGCCGGGGACGCGAAAGGCACAAAGCGCAAAUUCGAAAUCGACGAGGAAGAACUCAAGCGCAUUGCCAACGAAGACCGAACCAAAGCCAAGCGCACGUUGGAAGAUGAGCGCAAAGCUGCAAAAGGCCAACUACCAAGUUUCUGGGUACCAGGCGAGACACCGGAUCAACAUCACAAGAGCGCGGAGAAGGCGAAGAACUCGCCAACAUGUCCCGUCAGCGACCCGGAACAUCCGCACAACUUGUCGCUCAAGGCGCUCACAAGUGUCAACUUCAACGAGGAAAAGUCUUCAGACACAGGCAAGACCGCCAGCACUUGUCCCGCGUGCAAACGUGCGCUCAGCAAUAGCACAAAGGCCAUGGUCGCUAUACCAUGCGGCCACGUUCUCUGCAAACCCUGCGUCGACAAGUUCUUGAGGCCUGAACAUCGACAUCACAGAGACGCACACGACUCCGCGCCCGAGCCAGAAACAGUGCAUUGCUACGUAUGCGACGCGGAUCUGACGACCGUCCCAGCGACGAAGAAGAGCAAGAAAGACAAAGAAAAAGGCCCGAAGCCCGGACUCGUCGAGAUCAGAAGCGAAGGCACGGGUUUCGCGAGCGGUGGGAAGGCGAUGGUUAAAAGAGAGGGCGUGGCGUUUCAGGUGUAG